AUGGAAAAGUUCAAUCUUGAUUUCCGGCCGGAUUUCAAACGAGAUGUGAAACCAGAUUUCAAACCCGAUUUCAAGAUCGGAGAGAAACAACAAUCUCCUCCUAUAUCGACUCAAUUCGUGCAGUCUCCAUCGUCACAUUCGCAUCUGAAUAGAUCGUCAUCCUCCAGUCCGUCGUCAACUGUGUCUUCUAAUACAGACCAGCAUUCUAAUAACUCUAAUAAUUCUAAUAACAGCAGUUCCAACAGACUGGUUAGAGUUAUCGACACUGUAGUUGCACUGUACUCAUAUCAGUCAGACAAGCCAUUCUCAUUAUCGUUUAAGAAAGGCGACAACAUCUAUGUCAUCUCGAAACUGCCGUCUGGCUGGUGGGAAGGUGUGACUCCAUCUGGUAGUCAGGGCUGGUUCCCGUCAAACUAUACACAGGUGGUUCCAGGAGCGCAACAGAAUCAGCUGUUAUUUGACUCGCGACCUUCAAUUGCAUCACACACAUCGAACGAUUCGAUGGACCCAUUAGCACCGGCAACCCUUGCUGACGACGACCCAUGGGUGUCGAACCUGUCAUCAUCGACCACCAGUGCUCAUAGCAGUUCGGCCAGUUACGCCCGUUCCAACAGUAUUGGAGGCAUGACGGGGACAGGAAUCCCUCUUACCACCACUCUCAGCAGCAACAGCGGUAUUUACACAGGUAGUCGAAAGGGUUCAGUCACCAGUUACGAGUCGAGCAUCACCGAAGAACUGACCCACAACGCCGCUGCCACUGACAACGGGUUCACUGCCACCAAAUCCACCAAUGCCCCCUGCGAGUCGUACACACGAGUCAACACAUCCAGCGACACAUACAACUAUCCCCCGUCGUUCUGGCUUCCACAAAUCAACAACUCCGGCAAACUUAUCUUCAUGAACGCCGGCAGACUGCACGUAUCCAGUCAGAUUCCCUGGGAAAAAGUGGACGUCAACUCCCUGGACAAGGAGAUCAUAUACCCCAACUCCCUCACUGUACCCCAGGACCUCAUUCAGGCGCCCCGUGUGCCCACCUCCAUCUCCGAAGGCAACCGCCUGUUCGAAAAGUCGGUCGAUCCCUAUGCUGACCUGGUAAGUUUUUUGUGGCCCCCUCGCUGCCUCCGGCGGCUGGGGCUCCGCCCCAGACCCUGGCUGCUCCUCUCGCUGCGCUCGAGUCGUUGCGUCGACGAGCCCAGUCUCUCCUGCGAAGCAGGAGCAACCAGGGUCUGGGGCGGAGCCCCAGCCGCCGGAGGCAUGUGCCCCUCCUGUACCAUGCUAACGAGACUCUAG